AUGAAUAGUUCCAUUUGGUUUUUAGUUUGUGCAACAUUUCGUCUAAGCUUCUUACAGCAAACGACAUCCCAAGAUGUGCACUCGCGAGCUAAACGCUUUUUAAUAUUUCCACGACAAGCGCCUACAAGACAUCAGUUCAUUGCUGGCAUAGGUAUUCCUGCCGAUCUCGAUUAUGAAUCACUCACAGUGGGCUACGUCUUGAAAGCAGAGUAUUAUCUACCAUAUAAUGCAAGUGUUUACCGGCAAAAUCCGCUCUUUCCGGAAUACAAACCGAAUACCAUUGAUGCAGAAAAACAAAGGAAAUUAACUAAACCUUCGGAUCUGCGAUGGCAAAUUUAUAAGUUUAUUGAACUCUUGCUUAACGGCUACGGAUUGAACGGACAUGCCUGUCUCUUAGAGGCCAUUUGCGAGGCUAACAGAAUAGAAUUUGCCAAGGACUUUAGCAUUGCAGCUGAAAUGUUACACUUGCUUCUAAGCCCGUCUUCCACAUUAAACUCUAAAAGUUCAAGAGCUUUGGAUUUUAUUCGCGCAGAAAAAGAUGGAUCUCGGAUGGACUGUUCAAAGUAUGACUGCAAUACAAAGAUAAUAAAUUGGGUUUCACUUGUCAACAAAAUGGAUUUUUAA